CCUAACUGAAACCUUAAUUCUCCGGAUUGUCAUAGAAAGCACUAGCUACUCAUUCAAAACCCUAACAUUUCGUUCAAAUCCUAGCUACUCAUGUCUACUCCGACGACCGGUGAUAUGAUCUCCGAUGAUCUCCUUACUGAGAUUCUUGUCAGACUUCCCGUGAAAUCAUUACUCCGUUGCAAAUCAGUGUGCAAGCCCUGGUUAUCCCUAAUUUCAAACCCUAAUUUCACCAAGUCUCAAUUGAAGCACAGUCAAUCCAAACCAGGAGCUGAUCAAAUCCUCAUCGUCAAAGCAGAAGAUGAUUACUCCAGGUCUCUGCUCCAUCUCGAUUCUCCUCAAACGCGGACCCCACUCGGCCAUCCUUUUUCACGAGGUGAUUUCUCUUUUGAUCCCCAGUUCGACAUUGUUGCUUCUUGUAAUGGCCUUGUUUGUGUUGCCGUAGCUAAUGGCCCCAUAAAUAAUAAUCCAUGUAUCUAUCUUUGGAAUCCUGCUACUAAACAAUCCAAACUCAUCCCCCCUCAUAGUUUACGGGGCGAAAUUAUGUCGGUGGCGUUAGGAUUUGGUUUCGAUCCCGUAGCCGAUGAUUAUAAGGUUGUUAGGAUUGUGUCUUUCUUGAGUGCUGACCCGAGGGCAGCUGAGGUCUAUUCUGCAAAUACUAAUGUCUGGCAGAAGGUAAAGCCUGAUUUAUCGGAGGGUGGGAAGCAUUAUUAUAAUGUCCCGGGAGAUUUUCCAGAGGAAGAUGAGUUUGAUGUUUCUGUGAAUGGUUUCUUGUGUUGCUUGGGAUAUUAUGGUAUGAUGGCUUUUAAUUUAAACACCGAGGUGUUUACCAUUGGUCUUAAGUUACCUCUUACUAAAUGUCUUGACGCUUGCUUUGGUGAUUUCAACGGUACUAUUGCUGUCAUUACCUCUCAGAAGAGUGAGCUGAAUUACACAUUUAGCUUGUGGACGCUGGAUGAUGAGGCAUGCCUUCAUGGUGGUAAAGUUGAGGCAUCGUGGACUUUAAUGCUCAGUAUUGAUGUAGAUUAUCCAUAUCCUCGUGUUUAUGGCUGCUUCAACAGUGGUGAUUUCGUGCUAUAUACUCAAGAUGACAACUGUCUUUUGUAUAACCCACACACGAAAGAGGCCAGAAAUGCCCCUGUUUCGAUUUCUAUUCAUGGUCGAAUUAUAAAGUAUAAUGAGAGCUUGGUUUCGGUCACAGGAUCCAAACAAGUUGACUGGAACGCUCACGAAGAUAAUUUAGGGGACCAGCACUGAUUCUGGUACUCAUGUCAUGUUAUUAGUAUUGUUAUAUUUGCUUUCCUGAGAUGGCUACAUCUAUUUAUUUCUGUUUUUUGUUUCCUCUGUUGAGAUAAUUUAUGUGGAGGAUUCUAUGUUAUCAAAGUUGAAAGAAUUUGUUUAGUUUCUCGAAAA